AGCGACUAGGGGGAAACGAGCAGUAGCUUCCCAAAAUUUCGUGGUCUUAUAUCUAACCUAUAAAGAAUAAUAUUAUUAUUAAAAAACUGUAAAAAAUAAAAUCGUUGAACUGUUAAAUGAAAAAUUACAAUAUUAUUUAGAAUGAAUAUUUCCACGAUUUGCCGGCUUUUUAAUUUUUCAAAAAAUUCUAUAAUACCGAUUCAAUAUACAAUACAAACCAAAAAUUAUGCUAAGCCAGUAAUACAGGCAGGAUCGAAAAAAGCACUUAAGAGACCGGAGAAGAAAAUAUUACCUGUGGAAAAAGAUGUUAACAGACUCCUGACUUAUGUGUGUGGUACAAAUCUCUAUAAAGAAGGGGGAGAAGAUGUUAAGAUAAAGCCAGAUUCUGAGUAUCCCAGUUGGUUAUGGAAUGUUAGAACUGGUCCUCCACUUACUUUAGAAGAAUUAGAUCCAAAUACAAAACAAUAUUGGAGAAAGUUGAGAUUAUUUGGAUUAAGAAGAAAUAAUAAACAGAGGACAACUAGAAAAUUCUAAUUCUAUAUACAUAUAAAUAUAGUUUUAACAAUGCUGAGUAUUGUUCCUUUUAUAUUGUAAAUUAACAUAAAAGAUGCAUUAAA